UGUUAUAAAUUUUGUUGCAUAUGAUUUGGAUAGACAAUAAAUAUAAAAAGUAUGCAAUGAGUGUUCAAAAUAGAUACCCUUACGAAGGUUUACUUCAUAAAUACACAAAUGCCAUGAAGGGUUGGCAGUAUCGUUGGUUCAUUUUAAGUCCAGAAACUGGUGAGCUUCACUACUUUCUAAGUGAAAAUGAGAAAAAUCAAAAGCCUAGAUGUUCAAUUUAUCUUGCUGGUGCUGUCAUUGCUCCCAGUGAUGAAGAUUCAAAUACAUUUAUUGUCAAUUCGGCAACAGGCGACAUGAUAAAGUUGAGAGCAACGGACGCCCGGGCUCGCCAAGAAUGGGUGGAUAAGCUACGAGCGGUGACGGAAAUGUACACUCGGGCGAUAGCAAGCAGCCAUCCACCACUGCCACCGCGAGAGCAUCCGGGCAAUAUGUGGGCGAACCCCGUGGCAAAGCUCGAUGUCCUGGACGCGUUUGCCAAUUGUCGAGAGCAGUUGAACCGAGCAGAGAAGCAAAGCCAGUCACUCGCCCAGGCGAUCGAGCUCUCGAGUCUAAACCUGGACCCUGAGCUCCUAUUACUCAAGGCCACCGCUCAUGCAACCGUAUACACUCUCAAUCAGUGUUUUAACAUUUUGUAUCAGUAGCGUGGAGUGCGCGGACUCGGGGCUCGGGUCAUUCCCGCCAAAAUCAACGGGGGACUCUGGUGGACAGGGGCCAAUGGUCCGGUAAACGAACAACCGCGAAUCAAGCCCAGGGCGAAACCCCCGCCGAGGCUCGAUCUGCGCUGAAAGCCACGGGCUAUCUCUCACUCUCUCUCUC